UUGUGGCACUGUUAGCGUGGCACCUGCCGUGGUCUACAUGGGUGAGGAGACCCAUCCUAGGCAUUGUCUCGUGCCCUAUCUUAGUUUCUUAGCUUCGAAUCGAACCCACUUAAUACAUAGACAAGAACACAAAGACGGUCUACCUGACCCCAGACAUAACACGAGAGUCUGCCUGGCUUCGAACACCAAGUAAGAUUAUUUGUCCAAGAAGCCAUGUAGACUUGUUUUGACUGCUUAAAUUAAAUAGUGUAACUCUAGUUAAAAGGCACAUAAAACUGACGGUGUGAAUUUGAUCAUAAGAAAUAAUUUUGGAGUGUGGUGAGCAUCGCGCGAUGGAGGCACGGAACAAGCAGACUGCUAGAACCAUAAUGAAAGAGAAGAACGGAAACAUCGGCAGGAACAGCAGCAAAUGCAACGGCGGCGGUAGCAGUAGGAACACCAAGAUUAGCAGCAGUGGUAACAGAAGCAGCAGCAUCAACAGCAGGAGGAUCAAAGAGCUUCUCUCCUGUCCUUCCUCAUCCUCUCCCUCAGCAGCGGCAGAAUCAGAGACAGAAGAUCCAGCAGGUGCAGACACCUCCAAGAACGCCCUUAGAGAGAGAACGCGAGUAGAAAACCUUCGUCGAGCCUACCUGGAGUUACAGGCAGCCAUUCCUUCCGUCCCUCUCAACACCAAGCUUUCUAAGCUGGACGUGUUGGUGCUGGCCACGACCUAUAUAUCACACCUGUCACAGCUCUUGGAGGAAGAUGACGCCCGAGUCAGUCACGACACAAACAACAACACCAUGACGACCACUACAUCCCUUAAGACGGCUGCCCAUGGGCACCACACUCAUCUCCAGACUCAAGUUGAUACUCACAUCCACGCUCAGGCCCACGCCCACGCCCACACCCACACCCAAGCUCAUACUCGCAUCCAAACUGAUGCCCACACCAACUCAGUUUCAAUGGCGUCCGGCCCCCGAAGGAUCACACAGAAGGGAUUUCUUCACCCUGUCAAGAAGUGGCCGAUGCGUGCCCGUCUGUAUGCUGGUGUCGGUGCAAGUGAGGCUGUUACCUUCCUGUCUGAACAACUUCCUGUUCCGGUGCCACACUUCCACGACAAGCUGGAUCCCGCCCAUAUGAUCACCCACGCCCACGUCCCUGGCCCUCACCCACUUCCUCAAGUUCCACUAGUCGUCCAGCACGCCUAUGCCACAUCAACCAACAGCAAAACGCAAGACUCGCUAGUGAAUAUCGGUUCUACCAACAUGGUACCCGGGGUCUUCAUGGAGGAGGUGGGGUGUUCAGCAGAUAACUCAUAUAGCUAUCCCUAUAUACGUGCCCGAGGCCCCGAGGAAAGAGAGGCAUCCCUGUGUCCCCAAGCCUAUCCUACCUCUCACAUGGAGGUGUGGGAAGCGGGAGGCUCGUGGGAUUCCAACUCGACCUGUGAUGACCCAGCCUCCUGCCAAGCCCCCUGCAGGAUUGGACAGCCAUACAUGGGCUAUACCGGGCACUUGACUGCCUGGGAUGAGUGAAUAAAAACGAAUACCACAUGCUAAGAUAUAAACAAUGUAUUUCUGUUGAACCUUCACGAGUUAUUCAACACAUCUAAUUACAUAUUAGUUACUAUUAUGAAACUAUUCACAACCAAAUAAUGAAAGAAAUGAUAAGUCAUUAAAUAUAAAUUUCAAAUUUC